AUGGGUCACCGUUCAGUAUUGCAUUAUCAGUCGGUGACCGCUCGAAGAGCAAAAAAUAUACCAUGUAAUACCGGGACAGAAGAUGAACAUGACAGGUUCUACCUAACCGUCUUGCCGCUCAACUACGCAAUGGUCUUAGGAAAUACCUGGAGGGUAUUACUUCGUAAUGUGUUCCUAAGCUGUGACGCUGUCAUAGUCUCGAUAUUGAGGAGUUCGAGUUCCAAUAAUGUAUUUGAUAUAUUUAUUUUAUGCAUACCAGAGUGGGUUCAUUUUGGCGUAGCAACACGUGAAAAGAGGAAAAGUGAAAAUGCUAUAAGGGGCUGCAAAGAAACGGGUUACCAAAAAAACUCGGGUAACCUUCGUUACCAACACAGUGGUGAUCAGUCCUCCAUUAUUUUCCUCGUUCCUCGAAAAAUCACUUCCCUUGGAAGGUUCAUACAUGGACUGGAGAUUAAUUGGUAUACAAUUGGUCUAUUAAUCCUCUACGUCCUGGUUAAAGACAUUGAUAAUCAUGUCAUUAAUUCCAAAAUGUUCGUGUGUGUCAUAGUUGAACGGCACAAGACAGGAAGUAACACUCAUUUUUUGUGGAUGGUGUUACUUGUAACCGAAAAUAUAAAGAACAUAGCUAAUGACAAUUUUUAUGAACAUUUCUUGAAUGACAGUUACCAAAAGUUAGUAUUUGUCACGAACGGCCAAUAA